AUGGCUCAACAAUCAUCCAACGGUAGUACCCAUCAACCUACAAAUGCUCUAAGCGCACAGGCAUUGCGACUACUUUCUGCAGCUACAGCAGACAGGACUAAAGUUUCUUAUCUUCGUAGUUGGCAAUUGCUUGAACAGUUCUUACAGCCUAGCAGCAUCAAAUUACCCUUAUCUGUUGACGUGGUUGGCAACUUUGUUGCUCAUUUAUUCAGCAACAAAUACAGUCCUGCCACCAUUGCCACCCAUGUUUCAGCAAUUAGUUAUGACCAUAAGAUACUAGGUCUAGAAGACAUGACUCAUUCCUUUCUCAUAAGGAAAAUGCUAAAAGGGUGUCAAAAAAUGAAAGGAGUCAGUGACUCCAGACUUCCUAUUACCAAAGACAUUUUGUAUAGAAUUGUGAAUGCAUUGAAUUUCGUUGUGAGCGACCCACGAAUCAGACUCCUGUUACGCACACUUUUCCUGCUGGCAUUCAAUGCAUUUAUGCGCCUAGGAGAACUGGUGUGUAAAUCCUACUCGGAUGCAGAUAAAGUCCUCCAACGUUCAGAUGUCUCUAUAGCAGAAUCAGAUGAGCAGGGUCCAGCAGUUGAUAUGGUUCUGCGUCACUUUAAGCAUAACACAGAUCACCAACCUAUUUCACUUCAUCUUGUGGCAAAGGAUGGGGCUCUGUUGUACUGUCCAGUCAGAGCUGUGAAGCAAUACCUUAGUGUAUAUUCACAUACAGAUGGCCCUUUCUUUCAAAUGGCCAAUGGGCUGCCUGUCACAUAUGUGUUUGUUACACAACGACUCACUGAGGUAAUCUCUUUUGUGGGGCUUGACCCAACUUUAUUUAAGGGUCACAGCUUUCGGAUCGGAGCUGCAACAGAAGCAGCCAAAAUGGGCUAUUCGGAAAGUGUUAUCCAACGAAUGGGUCGUUGGAAUUCCAAUGCUGUUCAACGAUACAUCCGUAUCAAUGCAUUUAACAUGUAA